AUGUUCGACUUAAAAAUUUUAUAUUUCCUCUUUGGUUUCUUUUGCAUGCACCAAUUUAAUUAUAUUUUUGGAACUGGCGAUGCAGCUGUGAAAUUUUUCGGCAGAGAAAAUAAAUUUGAGAAGAUAGACGAAUACGUAGAGCCCUGUCCGACAGAGUUGCCUGUAGAAUUAAGAGAAGAAGAAACGCCAGAAGAUGAAAAGGUCGUUGAAACAGCAGUUAACCUCAGCGACAAAUUACAAAAAUAUGUCAAGGAAAAAACGUAUAUUGAAAAUCCGAAGAAAAAAAGCACUUAUCUUCACAUACCAAGAAAGCCGGAAAUCGGCAAGAAAAUCAGUCCGACGAAUCCACCCGAGCUUCAGAAAAAGAUCGAUGAAGCUCUGGCGAAGAAACCGAAGACUCUCGAUCCUCUGAUUGUUUCAGAACACGCGCUGAAAAGAUCGUCAACGGUGAACAUUGCUUCAAGCAUAAUGCAAGCUCUUGAUGUGAGAAAUACGAAGAUAUACCCGGAGAGAAGGCUGGUUUCGCAUGUUUCAAGCUGUUCUUGUAAAUCGAAGACGAUGAAAGUUUGGGACUUCGAUGAAAUUCUAGAAGGUGAAACGAAAAGAAAACAAAUCCGAAACAAGCAGUAUCAAAAUUAUCUUCAAGACAACUACUUUGAAACUCAUGCUCCUCCUCUUCUCCGGGGCCAGCCGAAUAUCCCUCUAGAAUACGUCUCUUUUGGACUUCAAACUGAGCCGUUUUCGUCUUUUAUCCUACCGCUGAAAAUUCAUCUUGAUGAAAAUGAAAUGGUCACAAUUAAUAUUGCUUGCUCGCUUGGAACAGUCACAAACAGCGGUACCAAAGAAAGCGUCGGAAAAUUCAACAAAACUCCUCGCACCUACACCCCUCGUGUUUUCGACGCUCGGCGAAUGACCGACAUCUGCUACUUCAGAGUAACGAGACUCGCAACAUCUGAGAAAUUCGUGGCAAGCUUCCCAGUUGAGAUUCGACGGAUCAACUUGCCAUGGCUCGCGCCGAGGACGGGAAAUGAGUUCAAAGACAAAGUUACAGUUGUUGCGAAGAGCUUCAUGAGAUAUGCAUGUCUCGAAAGAUUUUUGGAUAGUCUUUUGAAAUACUACCCCGGAGUGGAAGUCAUCAUUGCUGACGACUCACCCACCGAAGUUUACAAAGAAAUCGACACAAAAAAAUACCCAACUGUUCGUCAAUACCAAAUGCCUCCCCAUAGCGGCUGGUUCGCUGGACGAGGCCUUGCAAUUUCGCAAGUCAAGACUGAGUUUUUCCUUUGGAUGGAUGAUGAUUUUGUUGUCGAGAAAAAUACGUCGUUGGAUUAUCUUCUGGAAGUGAUUGAAAGCACGGGCUAUGAUUUGGUGGCGGGAACGACGACGAAUGCUGAUGAAGGUUGGGGAAAAUAUAACAACUUUGAUAUCCAAAGAACAGAAAAGGGUUUCUGCUACGCUCGACGAGAAACUGAUCACCUUCCGAUUCCCGGCUAUCCAGGUUGCAUGGCCAUGGAUCUCGUGAGGAACUUCUUCAUCGCUAGAACUGCUACAGCUGGAAAAGUUCGAAUGGACCCGCAUUUUAUCACGACUGGACACAAAGAAUUCUUCAUUGAUUCUAUUGGAAAAUUGAGAAUCGCCGGCUGCUCGGAUGUCGUUAUAACCCACGAUCCACAAGGCUGCGACGGUCGAACCGAGGAAUAUGCCCAGUACCGCUUUCCAGAACGAACUCCCGAGUUAGAAGAAGAAUACGAAGAGCGCGUAACGCGACUCUGGCAUCAUAGAAGUUUCAUCAAGUGCUACGAAGAACAUUACCCAGUUUAUCAAUAG